UGUCAUUUAUAACCACCAAACUUCUUUGAUUUUUUGAAUAUUUAUCAUAAACAAGAAUCAAAUUUUAAAUGAAAAAUAUAACGUAAAUAAGUUCAAAAUAUAGAAUUAAGCUAAUAUUAACCAUGUUAUUUAGGAAUCUUGUGAUAUUUUUUCUGAGUUAUGUUAAAUUUAAUAAUUGUUUUAACAUAGGAGGAUUUAAGAUAGAAUGGCCAACAAAACUUGAGGAUCUGAAUUUGUAUUGUAAGUUUAAAGAAUGCUGUAACGAUAAUUGGAUCAAGUACAAUAGAGUCAGACUUGUCAAAAAUCUAACCGAUAGAGUAUAUGGACAGCCAUUAUUAAAUGAAGCAGUUGAUGCUCUGUCAGCCCAUUUCAACCCAUAUUAUCCACCAACCAAAGCUUUAACAUUGAGCUUCCAUGGCAUGACUGGGACAGGAAAAAAUUUUGUUAGCAAAUUUAUUGCAGAAAGUAUAUAUAAGGCUGGUAGUAAAAGUAAAUAUGUCCACCAUUUUAUUGGAAGGAUGCAUUUUUCUGAGAGAAGUAAAGUCCAUGAAUAUAAAAGUGAUCUUUAUAGCUGGCUGAAAGGUAAUAUGUCGGAUUGUCCACAACAACUUUUUAUAUUUGACGAAGUGGACAAAAUUGUGCCUGAAGUGCUUAACGCUAUUAAGCCAGUCAUAGAUUACAGAGAUAAUGUAGAUGGUAUUGACUAUUCCCAGUCGGUUUUUAUUUUCCUUUCUAACACAGGAGCCGAUUUGAUUAAUGAACAUUAUUACGAUCUACACAUGUCCGAGGGCAAGAGUCGAGAACAAUUGUCACUUACCGAUUUCGAAUGGCUUAUAAAGAAAGGAAUAUUCAACGAGGAAGGUUGGUUAAAUAAGGAAAACAGUUAUUUUAUUAAUAUUGCAAAGAAAGUAUAUUAUUUUUCCUUUAUCGGAUCAUUUUACCAAUUUAUUUCAACACUUGGUGGAUUUCAUCAUAGUGAUACCAUAAAAAACAAUCUCAUAGAUCAUUAUAUACCAUUUUUACCACUUGAAGAGAGGCAUAUUCGAUCAUGUAUUAGAGAGGAAUUCAGAUUAAAAAGUGUUACGAAUCCUAGAAAGGAGCAUAUAGAACAAAUUAUGCAAUACAUAGAAUGGGGUCCUGAUAGUUCCAAAACAUUUUCGAAAACAGGUUGCAAAAGGAUAGGUCAAAAAGUGGCCCUUCUAGUCGCGAAAUAUUACAAACAAUACUUCACUGGCAGGGAUGAACUCUAAUUUUUCUUGUGUAUGUAUAAAUUUGAACAAAUUCAAUGUUAGAUGUACCGGGUGGCCAAUUAAGAAUGGACGCUGGCUGUAUCUCAGUAACUACUUAUCGUAUAGCUUUGGGGAAAAAAAUCUUAUAAGUAAAUC